UCAGCUUACAAAUCACCAUUGCUUUGGACUUUGAGAGUGCAAGCAGUUGGGAAGCUGAAUCCAAUUGAUGUUAAAAACUUGUCUCUUCACUUGUCGAAACAAGGAGCUCAUGGCACCGGCGAUGGUAUGGAAAAGAUUGAAAAUUUGGUUGAGGAACCAUCAAUUGGGACAGAAUUAGAGAGCAACCCUCAAAAGAAAAUUGCAGCAACAGAUGAGGAAGUAGUAGCCCCAAAUCUGAGUUUGAAUGAGAACUCUAGUGGAAAGGGAAUAGACAACACAAGUGAUGAUGUUGAAACUCCAACCACAACCCCUGAAACAUUGGAAGCAGACACCACAGAAUUGUCAUUGCCUUCCUCGCCGCCAACACUACCACAACAAAAAUCAGCGCCUCCGCCUCCACCUCCACCUCCACCAGCGCAACAACUUUCACUGCCUAAUACACAAGCAGCAACAAGAAUACCAACACCCCCUCCACCACCAUCAUUACCCACAUUGAAGCUAAAUGUUGCAACACCGCCACCACCACCAUCAAUGCCCACCUUGCAGCCACAAGUUGCAGCACCUCCUCCGCCGCCACCAACAUUAACACCACAAAAUGUAGCAGCAGUUGGGGGGCCACCACCCCCACCACCUCCACCAAUGACACCAGGAUCAGUGUCAGUAACUCCACCAACCCCACCACCAACACCAAUGAUACCAGGGUCAACAAUAGUGGCUCCAUCCCCACCUCCACCAGGAUCGUCAAAUGGAGCUCCACCACCACCUUCUCCACCAGGAUCGUCAAUUGGCGGCCCUCCACCCCCACCUCCUCCACCAGGACCAUCAAAUGGAGGUCCUCCACCCCCACCACCCAUGUUAAAAGGCCCAUCAAAUGGAGCUGCUCCACCCCCACCUCCUGCACUCGGCGCAGGAAGAUCCUUGCGCCCCAAGAAAGACACCAAACUGAAGAGAUCAUCCCAAAUGGGGAGUCUCUAUCGCCUUCUCAAGGGAAAGGUGGAAGGAUCUAGCUUGGAUGGAAAAGCAUCCAAUGGGAGAAAGGGCGGAGUUGGAAGCAGCUCUGGCGGAAAACAAGGAAUGGCCGAUGCUCUAGCAGAGAUGACAAAGAGAUCAGCAUACUUUCAACAAAUUGAAGAAGAUGUUAAGAAGUAUACAAAGCCUAUCACGGAAAUGAGAACUACCCUUAGUUCUUUCAAAACAAAAGACAUGAAUGAGCUGAUGCAGUUUCACAAGAAAGUCGAAUCUGUUCUUGAACACUUGACUGAUGAGUCACAGGUGCUAUCAAGGAUUGAAGGGUUCCCAACAAAGAAGUUGGAAACAAUAAGGAUGGCAGCAGCACUGCACAAAAAAUUAAAUACAAUGCUCACUGAACUGCAGAAUUGGAAACUAGUGGCUCCAUUGGGUCAGCUCCUUGACAAGGCAGAACGCUACUUCAAUAAGAUCAAAGGAGAAAUAGACGCCAUGGAACGAACUAAAGACGACGAAGCCAAGAAGUUUCAGAGCCAGAAUAUCCAUUUCGACUUCAAUAUCCUCAUCCGGAUCAAAGAAGCCAUGGUGGAUGUUUCCUCAAGCUGCAUGGAGAUGGCACUAAAGGAAAGGAGAGAAGCAAAGGCUGCAGAGAAGAGUAAUGGAACAAAAACUGAUCAGAAGCAAACAAAGAUUUGUGUUAAAAUGCUGUGGAGGGCUUUUCAGUUUGCUUUUAGGGUUUAUACGUUUGCUGGUGGACAUGAUGAUCGGGCUGACAUGCUCACAAAAGAACUGGCUAAUGAAAUUGAGUCCGAACCGCAGCACCACUGAAACCCUAAUUCCCAGAUGGUCUUAAGGGCUUUGAAAGCAAUAAAUCGUAGUAUUACCCAUAACUUAAUCUCCGUAUGAUUAACAGCAUUCUGUUUUUGUAAAACCAAAAAAAAGUUCAUUUUUCUUUUGUUGUGACCCUUGUAAAUAAUCCGGUCCAAAUAAAAUCUUGUAAAAAAAUUAAGGCUUUGUAUGUAUUGAGUAUGAUUUUGAUUAGGAAUUAAUUAGUACCA